CUCAACCAUCCAUACCCAAUAUGACUGAGAGUUUACAGCUACAAUGGCUUCCCACUCCACCUCCCUCCCUGCCGCCCGGCCCAUCGACCUCGGCCAUAAUACCAUCCUUCAGCCCCCUCUUUCACGAUGCGGCAAAGGACCAGGUCUGCUCAUAAUCCGACCGAGCAACCUGCCAGAGGACAUACACCAAAAGACAAGUCUAGAUCCCGAGCCUCUACAAAAAUGGGCCGAAGAAAGCUACGCAGUAGCCCAGGUCACGCUUGACCUCGAAUCCAGCUCCAGCGACUGUCACUUUACGGAGAAAAUCGGAGCCGCAGUGCAAGCCUUGAUCAGUUUGGUUGGAUGCACUAGGGAGGAUAAAUUCGGGAUUCUAAUCUACGGCUCCGAAUCCGACUAUGAACCCUUCUUUACGGAAUUAUUGUUGUCCUCCCUCGAUGAGUCGGCCGUUGCAGGAAUCGUCUACCACGGUGUCUGGAAUACCGACACCAUCUUCACCAAAAUCCCAUCCCUCGUCCAUCUCCCCGGCCCGGAGUCCGACUCUCUCUUCUCUAUGUUCAGCGAAUGCAAACAAUAUACCUACCCUGAUGUAUCCUCCUCCGGCUUUAUCAUCCCCGGUCACCCGCACUUUAAAUACUCCGCCGCCAGCGUGGCCCACACGCGUACCCUCACCUUCCUCAAACCCCUUCUCAACGGACCGUACUUUGACCUCGAGAAGAUCUGGGAAGAGCACACUUACUAUGAAUUCGGGGAUCGGUCGGUCGAGAAAACUAUGGCUACCAUGGUUGAGGAGCCGUAUGUGAAUCAUAUUCCGACGAUGACCGGGGGCAUGGGCCGCUCCGAACUCAGCAACUUUUACCGCAACCACUUUAUCUUCAAGAAUCCACAAGAUACAAAACUGGAAUUGGUCAGUCGGACGGUGGGAAUUGACCGGGUCGUGGAUGAGUUUGUCGCUUGUCUUACGCAUGAUCAGGAGAUUGACUGGUUACUCCCCAACAUCCCACCCACCCACAAACCCCUCCGCAUCCCCUGCACCUCGGUAGUCAACAUCCGCGGCGACCGUCUCUACCACGAACACAUCUCCUGGGACCAAGCGACCGUGCUCAUGCAACUCGACCUCUUACCGCGGUGGUUGCCGUUCCCGUACGAGUUACCGGGCGGGUUAGCGCCCGCGCCCGGCAAGAAAUUCGAGGUUCGGACACCGGCUUUGGGGCUGGUGACGGCGGAGAAAUUGAUGGAUGGGUUGGCGUCGGAGUCAAAUGAAUUGAUGUUGAAAGAUGGGGUUCGGGAGGUGGAUGCUUGAUGUUGAUGCUUGAUGCUUGAAUCGGUGAGACGAUAUUGGUAUGGAGAUAGGGGUGUGUAUGUGUGUAUGUGUGUAUGCAAGUACCGAGUAUCUUGGGAAUAGAUUAUUUUGAC